AUGGUCUCCUCUUGGGAGAGGAGGGAUGAGAGUGAUUUCAUCUAUCGGCUAGUGGGUAAGGACAGUGCAAAAAGCGAAUGCCUCGCUGGGUUGAAACCUAACGCCAUCAUGCGUCAAGGGUUAAGCCUAAGGACUAUUAAAACCAUUAAUCAUGAUAAAACACUUAAGGAUUCUAUAGAAAUAUUGCUUUAUUUGAAAUCUAACCCUAUUUGGAUUUCGGCAUUUGCCAAUGGUGAGGGGUGCUUCACUGCUUCUUUAAUGUGUUAUCUAAAAGGAAUGUGGGGAUUACAGCCUCAAGGUGAAUUUCAUAUUACUCAAAAGGUAGAAGACCUUCCUUUGCUCGAAGCUAUUAAUGCCUACUUUGAUAACAAAGGUGGUGUCUAUGUUAAGCCUAACGAGAUGGCUGUAGUUACCUUUAAAAGCAUCCCUAUAUUGGAAGAGUUAAUCAUUCCCUUUUUCUUAAAGUAUCCUUUACUCUCCUUUUUCCAGCUGCAACGUGUCGUCUGGAAAAAGUCUGCAAAAAGUUAUGAGUUUGAAAAAUGGUGUGAGAUUGUUCAACUCUUACGUUCGCACAACCAUAUAGGGAAAACUCUCGCUGCUAGAGAUGCCUUCUUAGAUAUUGCCAAAUUAUGCAUCAAAGAAUGGUUAGAAUCACUUACAGGAGUUCCUUCUAUAGAGGCUAAGGUUGCCUUGGGUCAAGCCGAGGAGUCUGAGACCUGCCCGAUGCUAGAUAAUCAACUAAGCCGUUCUAGGAUGGCAAGGGAAGCUCUAGAGACUAGUACGUGGUCUAAAUACCUAAGAAUCAAUAAUGGUAAUCAGCAGGAAAGACUAGUGGAUAAUAGCAAUUUCAACUCAGAAGCCAAAAGCUAUUUCUUAGGGGGGUUCGCGGAGGGCGAAGGUUCAGUUUCAGCGUCUGUCAAAGUUCAUUCUGAUUUCGGGGUUCAUGUUCAGCCAGAGUUUGGUGUAACUCAACACGAAAAUGGUAAGCAUAUCCUAGCAGGGUUUAAAGACCUGUUUGACGGCAAAGGUAACCUUCACUUGAAACCCGGAUCCCAAGACGUGUUGGAGUAUAAGCUAUUAGGCUUGACUAAUCUUAUAGAUCACGUUGUACCGUUUUACCUUAAGUAUGUAAGACCUUUCAGUGGUAAAGUAAAGGAAUUCAACACUUUCCUCGAGAUCCUCGAGCGGAAACAACGGAAAGAGCAUUUUACCCAAGAGGGUCUGAUAGACAUGGUUAAGCUCGCUUAUACUCUCAAUGAGGAGGGUGGUACUUGCUAUUAUCCGGGACAAAAAGGCAUACUUUGCCAAUCCCAACAACUAGAAUCCUCAGAGGCCAUACGCCGAGCAGGCGAAUUUUUAGAGAGAAAUAAUGGUCCUUUUCUUGAAGAUAUGGUCCAACCCUCUACGAGAGUAGCAGGAAUAAAGCCUAAGGUAGCGAAAUUCUGCCCUGGCGUGGAACUCCACACGCUCGCAAACCACUAUAUGCUGGGAAGGCUGAAACCUUGCGGUACUCAACCCAUAAGAUAG